ACUGAUACCGUACUGGAAGCAUUUUCGCUAGCUCUUGUCAACGUAUGUAACCUACUGCAUCGCAUUAUGCAACAAGUCGUUUGGUAGGUUAAGGAAUUACAUUUGUAAAAUAUGCUACGGUCCAACUCAGAGCAAAUAUUUGCAACAUAAACAUGAUGCUCUGAGGUUAUUAGCGGUAGCGGUUGCUUGCUAGCUAACUAACUAAUCUCAUAUUAUAUUCUCCGGGAGUUUCUCAAAGGCUUUACCCAUCGCCCUCCUUUCCAGUUAUUAGUUGCCUGUUUACUACCUCAUGUGGUACUCAGUCAGGUAACGUUAGACUGAAUUAACAGGUGUUUUACAUCAGUCUGUUUUGAAGUGUCAUUGACUAAAGGAUGGCUACACUAACGCGACAGGAUCUUAAUUUUGGCCAAGUGGUGGCAGAUAUAUUAUGCGAGUUUCUGGAGGUUGCUAUUCACCUCAUCCUGUACGUCCGAGAAGUGUAUCCGUCGGGAAUCUUUCAGAAGAGGAAGAAAUACAACGUCCCCGUACAGAUGUCAUGCCACCCUGAGCUGAAUCAAUACAUCCAGGACACUCUUCACUGUGUAAAACCGCUCAUUGAGAAGAACGAGGCGGAGAAGGUGGUGGUGGUCAUCAUGGACAAAGAGCACCACGCCGUGGAGAGAUUCGUGUUUGAGAUUUCCCAGCCUCCUCUGCUGUCCAUCAGCUCAGAGACUCUGCUGUCGCAUGUGGAACAGCUUCUCCGGGCUGUGAUUCUGAAGAUCAGUGUCUGUGAUGCUGUUUUGGACAACAACCCACCAGGGUGUACAUUCACUGUGCUGGUCCAUACCAGGGAGGCUGCCACCAGAAAUAUGGAGAAGAUUCAAGUGAUCAAGGAUUUUCCGUGGAUCGUGGCUGAUGAGCAGGAAGUGCACAUGCAGGGCUCCCGCCUCAUCCCACUCAAGACCAUGACCUCUGACCUCGUCAAAAUGCAGCUCUACGUAGAGGAGAGGGCUCACAAGUCCUCCUAGCUCACAUCACAACGGAGGAAGAGGAAGAGAGAAGAUGUUAACGUGGCAAACCCACCUUCCCUAAAAUCUCUCCUGCAGACCUUCAGCUUUGGAAGAUUUUUCCCGGGCUGUUUCCACCUUGAAGCUCAGCUGCUCUGUUUAAAGCUGAGCCUUCUGCUCCCUUUAAAGACUGCAAUUAAGGAUGCGGCAAACUGCUCUGAUUCUUUAAAGACUGCAAGUAAGGAUGCUGUAAACUGCUGAUUCUUUAAAGACUGCAAGUAAGGAUGCUCUGAUUGUGCAUAUGUGGAGGAGCUGGUUCUACCAUGAACUGCCUUCUUCAGCCCUGAUCCUUGGUCCUGCUUACAGCACAGUUUAUUGAACCUGGAAUUGCUUCUCUCAUUUCCCUUCUGUGUGUGUGUGUGUGUGUGUGUGUGUGUGUGUGUGUGUAUACAUUGAAUGUUUAAGACCAGUGUUUACGAUUCAUUAAGGACAAGAGUAAUGUCUUCACCUCCAGUGAAAGCCAUGCGAUGGUGCCCAUUUGGGAGAAUGUCUGUGUUUUAUGUCUGUGUUUAUGUCUGUGUUUUGAGAGUCUGUGAAAGAUCGGACAGAUGUUUAUGGAGAGUUCAGAGAAUUUGACAAAGAAACAAAGAUAUUUGACAGAAACCGUUUGACAUUAAAGUUGAAAGUGUUUAAUAAAGUUUGAUUAAUU